AUUACCCAUCAAGAUAUUAAAUCCAUGAAAUUGUUGUUCAAGCUCUCUGUCUCUGUUUCUCAGUUGCAGCAUUUUUUAAGACCAUGUUAGUUGGAGAGGAAGUCCUCAUUUAAAUGCAUAUGAGCUGAAUUUCCGGAGGAGGAACUAGUAGGGAAAAAUAUAGACACAUCUAGCUCAUACCCUGUCUAGGAUCAAUAUAUAUGGGACACCGCUGCUGCAGCAAGCAGAAGGUGAAAAGAGGCCUCUGGUCUCCUGAAGAAGAUGAAAAGCUCAUCAAACACAUCACUGAACACGGCCAUGGCAGCUGGAGUUCUGUUCCUAAACUCGCUGGUUUGCAGAGGUGUGGAAAGAGUUGUAGAUUGAGAUGGAUAAACUAUUUGAGACCUGACCUCAAGAGGGGUUCCUUUACUGCAGAAGAAGAACAGAUUAUCAUCGAUGUUCAUAGAAUUUUGGGCAACAGGUGGGCACAGAUAGCAAAACAUCUACCCGGAAGAACUGACAAUGAAGUGAAGAAUUUCUGGAACUCCUGCAUAAAGAAAAAGCUUCUCUCCCAAGGACUGGACCCCAAAACUCACAAUCUGCUUUCUUCUCAUAAGAGAGCUAACAGGGUCAACACAAGUAGUUCUUCAUCAUCUCAAAUGCAAGAGCAAACUUUUUCUGUUUUCAAUGGGUCCCAUUCCAUGGAGAUUAUUAACCCACCUGUUAUUACACUUCCUUCAGCAGCACUUUCUCCUCCUAUGCCCAUCCCCAUGACCAUUCCCAAUUCUGAGUAUCAAAACCCCAAUGUCAUUUGGAAUGGUAAUGAUCAGAACUACGAAGAACCCACCAUUUACCCUCAUGGUUCAUCCAUUGACAACACACUUAUAUCUUCCUUAUCUUCUUCAUUAUCUGGGUUCAAUAUCAUGGAUGAAGGUGAUUGUAUUUUGGGUACUGAUGGUGCUAUUGAACCCUGUCGACUACCGGGAAUGGAAGGACAGGUGCUACAGCAGCAGGAAAAGGAGCAGAGUGGUACUAUUGUAUGUAAUGAUAAUCUGAUGGACAAAAUUGAGGGGGAAAUGCAUGAGAUGGGUGCUUCAUUUGAUAGCACUAGCUUUGAUCUUGGGUUUGUUGAAUCCACACUGAUGUCUGGUGCAAUGUGUCGUGAUAAUUUGACCUCCAUGGAGGAUUAUAAUUUUGCAUGGACCUUUUAGCUAGGGCUUGUCAUGCAUGUUGGAUAUGGUCUACAUGAAGGUUUUUAUUUUUUAAUUUGGUUAAGCAUUUCAAAUAUUUAAUGCAAAAUGUUUUUCUUUUUUUCUAAUGCCAGCAUUAAUUUGUCCAGAAGUUUAUGAAACACUUCUUUGGAUCAUAAUGUUUUUUUUUUCUUAAUAUAAAUUCUAGAUGUUA